UGCGUUUUUCCUCUCCCCAUUCAUUUCUCUCCUCCGUCUCCCCACUCCAGUAGCCUUCUCCGUCAAUGGCCACCGAGGUCCUCCGCCCGCACAACAUCCUGCCGUCGCAGCCCCAGAGGAUCCGGACCACGCACCGGAAGCCCAGCGCCAGGAAGUCUCCUCCUCCUCCGGCGGCAGCAGCUUCUUCAACAACCGGCCGGAGAAACCAUGGAAGGCGCCCCGCGGUGGAACUGUACGCCGGUCCGGCCUUCUCCGGGGCGUCCCCCGAGCCAAGCUCGCUGCCGCUCCCGCAGUUCCCGUUCCAGAAGGCCGUGGCGCCCGUCGUCAACGACGCCGCCACGCGCGACCUCAGGCGCUUGCUGCGCCUGGAGUAG